UUACAACCUCGACGACUGGACUCGUAGCCGUGUCAACACGGCGUCCAGUGGGCAGAAGCCAGCGGACCAGGUUUUGCUUCUCGCACCACUGGAAUUCUCAGCCAUGUUCUUGAGAGGAUCCAGAGGCAGGGAACGUAUCUACGAGAGACGUCCAAAUUACAGUGAAAAUGAUCAAAUGAGCGGUGCCAGCACAGGAAGAUUAUAAAACUUUGCGUGAGGGAGAUCAACAUCAAGAUGGAAAGCAGAAUAGUACUACACGCGAGUCAAUGUCUUGGUCUUCUCACAAUACUAGCAACGUCUUGUGACACCAUAAGUUCGCAUCCCAAACGAUGGAGUCUCAGUUGGAGGGUGGUGGCAAGCUGCCAAGCUCUCGCAACGUUGGCGAAUUGGAGAUAGCCUCGAGCGGGUUGCGAUCACAAAUCCUCCAGUUAGAGGAGGUGGUGGAGGGAGAAAUAAAGACGGCCAGGAAAAGGAUAGAAGAACUGAAGUACUUACUUGCUGGUUUGCUUUUCUUUGUCCGCGAAUAAUUAGAGUAUUCUUUUGAAUUACUGUACGACGGACCAGAACAUUUGCAUUUGUUUUUGCAAAUGCAGAUGCUUGGUACGAGCUCUCCCUUCUCACUCUCGACCCUAUGGCAAGAAUCAACCCUUUUAUUCAACCCAGGGCCGACGGUGCUGAGCCCGCACAGGACGAGGUGGUUCAGGGUAUGCUCGACAAAAUGAAGGCCACAAUACAGGCCGCGCAUGAGAAAAGUACUACUUAGCGUGUAUGCGCUGUUUCUGUUUGCUGACGCUUGCUUCUUGUUUAUUUGCUUUUGGUAAGAUGUUGGUUCGAUUCCUGCAUGUCCAUGUUAUGUAAAGCUUUUGCAGCCUAAUUCUUAGCAGGUUACACAGAACUACAAAACUUGAAACAAUUUUUCUACAGCCGACGCAGAGUUGCAGGACUACUACAAGAAGCUGAAACAGGACAACGCCCUAACGCAGAAGGAAAUAACGGACACCAAAGUGGAGAAUGCGCAAUUGCAGCAGUCAUUGGUCGCCUUGCAGCGCCGGCUGAAAAUGCUCGAGGUCGCAUUGGGGGACUGAAAUUCGUGUACGAUUUGUGAAACGUCGGCCAAUACACCACAGAUGAAAGCGCUGCCCGUUUUUCAAUUAACGAAAUUCAAAAACUUCAUGUAUGAUAUACACAGCCAAAUGCAAAUCCCAAAUUACUCUUGACUACUGAAAAAUGCG